AUUUGUUAGUGUAUAAUAUUGAAAAGCAGCUUAUUGAAGAGCCUGGCAUUGAUGAGCCUUAUAUUUCACCUGGCAUUGAGGAGCCCUAUAUUCCAAAGCCUGACAUUGAGGAGGCGUAUAUUCAAAAGUCUGACAUUGAGGAGCCUUAUUUUCCAAAGCCUGGCAUUGAGGUGCCCUAUAUUCCAAAGUCUGACAUUGAGGAGGCAUAUAUUCAAAAAUAUAUUCAAAAGUCUGACUUUGAGGAGCCUUAUUUUCCAAAGCCUGGCAUUGAAGUGCCCUAUAUUCAAAAGCCUGGUAUUGAGGAGCCCUAUAUUCACAGGCCUGACAUUGAGGAGCCCUAUAUUCAAAUGCCUUACAUUAGGGAGCCCUAUAUUGAAGAUAUUGUAUUAUAUGACCAGUCGACUAUGACAUGUGAAGCAGUUAUAUCAGAAUGUCCAGUAUUGCUUCAAGCCUGGUCUACCCCUCCAUUAUCCCUCGAUCCAUCUAGCAUCAUAUAUAGCUGUGGAUCCAUACGCGACAGAUUAAGCUGCCUUGAGGAGACAAGGGUCCCCAGGCAAAGAAGCCCACCAGUCUGCACUGAUAAAGAAUUAAAUUCAAACUUUGAACGACUGAGCUUGUUGGCUCUGAACCACAGUCGUACUUGCAUUGAGACGUCUGUUGUUUUAGGUAUGUACUUAUGAUUGAUGUUUGCAUGGGCUGUGGCAGUGAAGGUGCAUAGGCCCUGGCACUGAAGGUCGAUGGGUCCUGGCAGUGAAGGUGCAUGGGCCCUUACAAUCAGAAAGCAUGGGCCUUGGAAUAAAGGUGCACGAGCCCCAAUAAUGGGCCCUGGCAGUGAGGGUGCAUGGGAAAGUGUCUCAAGUGCAUGUUGUACAGUAUAUACAUAGCUGGUUAAACAUACUAAGAAAGAAUGGUGACUAAUUCUUGUAAUA